AUGUGCAGCGUCCGCUUCUGUGCGCUGUCCCUGUCUGCUUGUUUACUCCUCAGAGCUGAGGUUGUUUGUUUUUCUUUUAAGGCUGGCCAGCAGAACUACGUGGAUCCAGUUACAGGUUAUUUAGUGCUCACCAAAGUUGCCCACUUGCAGAGAGGUAAAUGCUGUGGCUGUGCAUGCAGGCAUUGUCCCUAUGAGCAAGUUAAUGUGAAAGACCCGUCCAAAAAGAAGCGCUUCAAUUCUUUUUUUUAUGUUUGACUAUUAAUAUCUCUGCAUUCUGAGAGAGCGAGCAGAUCAGUUCCUGGUGGCUUCCACUGCUGGAAUACUGGCAUUUGUUGUACCUGAUACUAGCUUCCAGUGAAUACACUUUAAUUGUAAUAAAACACAAACUGAACCAUA